AUGGAUGUUGCGGCGUUUAGGAGAUGUGUGGGAAAGUGCUAUGUUUCGCCGGCGUUCAGAGAUUUUGAAUCUCUCCGGUUUCAGAGAUUAUCGUUGUCUAGCUCCCUGAGUCCGGAUCCCACCGGUAAUCGAGGUCUGAAAUUUCCCGGGCAAAGUCACGAGAGGAGACUAAGCUUCUUCCGUCCGAUCAUGGCGACAGGUGAGUCGAUUUCAUCGCGAUCCUCUGAUCCCGCCGGUGAAACGAAGCAAAUCAUAAACGGAAAGCAAAAGAACAUUGUUUGGCAUGAUUGUUCCAUUACUAAAUCCGACAGGCAAGAAUUGAUUAACCAAAAAGGAUGUGUUAUUUGGAUUACUGGCUUAAGUGGUUCAGGGAAAAGUAGUUUGGCUUGUGCUCUUAGCCGAGCUUUGCACAAUCGUGGAAAGCUUUCGUAUGUACUUGAUGGUGACAAUGUUCGACAUGGUUUAAAUAGCGAUCUUAGUUUUAAAGCAGAAGAUCGAGCUGAAAACAUUCGAAGAGUUGGUGAAGUUGCUAAAUUGUUUGCGGAUGCUGGAAUCAUCUGUAUUGCAAGUUUGAUAUCUCCUUACCGAAGAGAACGAGCUGCUUGCCGUGCAUUGUUACCAGAAGGAGAUUUCAUCGAGGUAUUCAUGGAUGUGCCACUCCAUGUUUGUGAAGCUAGAGACCCAAAGGGCUUAUACAAGCGUGCACGCGCGGGGAAAAUCAAAGGUUUCACAGGAGUAGACGAUCCAUAUGAACCGCCUUUGAACUGCGAGGUUUGUAUAUGUUUUAGUGCUCAUAUCCAAUUAUUGUUUCAAUCCCAUACUUGA